CGUCGUCGUUUCCAGCAGUGACGUCACUUCCGGGAUGUAGAGGAGAGGAAAAUGACAGCUGGUUUGUUUUCAUCAACAGGGGAAAUCCAAAGUAGAUAUUGAAGGCUGUCUAAACAGAAACAGAAGACAUUAAGCAGUGACGUUGGUCCGAUCAAAAGAGACGACUCUUCAGCUAACGCCCAAAGUGACAAAGCCAUGGAGCCAUCUGAGUACACUGAGGGGCGCACCUUUGUGGAAGUGAUCAGUGAAAAGUACAGUCCUGAGAACUUUCCGUACCGCAGAGGACCCGGGAUGGGGGUGGUGGUGGUGCCCACGGCAGGCUCUCAAGGCUCCCCAAUGAAAGACCGCCUGAACCUACCCAGUGUGCUGGUGUUGAAUGGCUGUGGGAUCAGCAGGGCAGGGGACCAGACAGAGAUCGCAGCUUUCUGUUCUCAUGUCAUGGAGCUGGAUUUGUCCCAUAACAAGCUGCAGGACUGGCACGAGAUCAGUAAAAUCAUAUCCAACAUCCCAAAUCUGGAGUUCCUCAACCUGAGCUCCAACCCUUUAGCAGGAACAACCCUUGAGCCUCAGUGUGCUGAAGCCUUUUCCCGAGUCCGACGCCUUGUCCUCAACAAUACUCGAGUCUCCUGGGACUCUGUGCUGCUGCUAACUCGGGAAAUACCUGAGCUGGAGGAGUUGUUCCUGUGCCUUAAUGAGUACAGUAGUGUGAGUGCCUCCAGCGUGGCCUGCCCCACUUUACGCCUGCUUCACAUUACUGAUAACAGCCUCCAUGACUGGACCGAGGUCCGCAAGUUUGGGUCCUUGUUCCCCAGCCUGGACACCCUGGUCAUGGCCAACAACAACUUAGCUUCAAUUCAGGACAGCAAAGAUAUCCUCCAAAGGCUCUUCCCCAACCUACGCAGCAUUAACCUUCACAACUCAGGACUCAACCGAUGGGAGGAUAUCGAGAAGCUGAACUUCUUUCCUAAGUUGGAGGAGGUGCGGCUGCAGGGCAUCCCCUUAUUGCAGACCUACACCAACGCAGAGCGACGCAGCCUCAUGAUAGCACAGCUUCCCUCUGUAUCACUGCUAAAUGGCAGCGUCGUGACUGACAGUGAGAGAGAAGACGCAGAGAGGUUCUUCAUUCGUUACUACUUAGAUUACCCAGAGGAGGAGCUUCCUUGCAGAUACCAUUGUCUGGUGACCAAGUAUGGCAAGCUGGAACCACUCGCUGAGAUUGACCUCCGACCCCGCUGCCAUGCCCAGGUGGAGGUGCACUGUGAGGAAAAAGUGGAACAGCUGAGCAUUCGCUUGGACCAAACAGUAGCAGAGCUGAAGAAGCAGCUGACAACAGUCGUCCAGCUGUCCACCAACAGCAUGAGGCUCUAUUACAUCGAUAAGUGCAGUGCCUUCGGUCCGGAGGAAAUGAAGUACAACACCAGGGCCCUCCACUCCUACAGCAUCCAGGAUGGUGAUGAGAUACUUGUGGUACCCAAGGCCAAGUGAACAGCUGGCUUUUCUGAGAACUUGUUGACUGAUUAAUUAAUUGGAUUAUUUCUUGAUUAAUUGAUAAAUAAUUGGAAACAUAUAUGGGAAAGCAUCACUGGCCUACUUUUUUGGACAUAAAGGGAGUAAAAAAGAAAAGAUGGAAAUACCAGGUAUCAUGCAGACUUCAGUUUCAGCAGGAGGGCUCUGACUGGAAACACAGUCAUUCUGAAGAGAAUUAUGUCUUUGUUUAUUUAAGCUUUAUUUGAGGGCAUCUACUGGAGGUAAUGGACAAAACUGUCACACUGGAAAACAGGCCAAGAGAGCAACACACAGCCAACUAACAGCUUAAGUGAAGGAGUGGUCGCUGCUGUACCAGCAUAGCUUUGCUUCAGCUCUGUCUCUCUUAGUACACAGCAUGUACCAUAGCACCUGCACAGGCAAGUAUUUAACACCACCUGCUUGCCCACUUGUCACAGCAAAGGCUACCCUGAUUAGUGGUGAGGCAGUAUGGACGAGUGGAGAGCCAUCAUUGUUCUCAUCUGCAGUUUUACCUUAGACAUGUUAUCAGGAAGAGCAGCCGGAGUUAAAGGAAAAACCUGGCCUAAAUCACUGUUAAACUCUGCAGCUGUCCAUGCUGAUGUUUGAACACUAUUUUAUUUUUCCUUGUAAAUGGCAUCACAUACAGAUCAUUUGACAAAAAGCUAACAAGGGCAGGCAGGCAUAUGUAUUUAGCAAAAUAAACAGAGUUUAAACCCUUAUGUAAAAUGGAAAUAGAUGAGGCAGGAGUCACUCUAUAAAAGAAAGUUACACCACUUUUCUUUCAGACACUUUAUGGAAUGCAAACAGGUGAUAUACAUUUGUACAAAUACUAUUUAUGGUAUGUUCUUUUUAUUUUCUCUACUCACAAAGAACUGAUGGUACUGUGUUUCUUAUCACCAAAUGCAUAUGCACACAUGUAAUAGAUGUUCACACACAUGCCCACACAACUGUUGUGCUGCCCUCUACAGGCCCCACCUCAAGCCACCAACCUCCGUGGACAUGGUGCUUAGUGACACUCAAACAACCAAGCAGCGCACAAGUGGGCUAAAAGACAAUCUGCCAUUGCAUGUUCUGCAUAGGAGUACAGAGCUGAAAUAUCAUCUAAGUGCACAUUUGAUUGGAUUCAGAUCAUCUGCUUUUUACUUGUUUAAUGAUUUGCUUUUGGCUGAUCAUAAUCCCUGAGUUUACCCAAAACAUUUCAGAUAAUAGCAUCCACUUGACAACAUUGCACCAGUUUUACAUAUGAUUUUAAUCAAUGUACUUUGCUUGCAGUUUCACGUAGAGUUCUACAAACCCUUGACCAGGCACUUACUGAUGUUUAGUACAUCCAUACAUUUGAAAACAACACAUCAUCCAGUGAACUAACUUAUUUUGCCUCCUGUCUCCAUUUCGAACAGAAAUUGUUUACUUUCAGUAAAGAUAGCUCAUUAAGGUAUUAUUAUGAUAACGUCAUACACAUUGAAUUAUUAGACAGCCUCCACCUUUAGUAACAUCAGUUUUGGAUGUUUUGUGCUAUUGAUAUCUCCUAUAGCACAGAACUUACUGUAGAAGUUGGUUCCUCACAGUGUUACAGUCAUGGAAAUAGCUCAUAUUUCAAGCCACAAAAUCAAAUACUUACAUUGCUGCUCAGAAAUGAAUGUCCGUUUGGGCUGUAUAUUUAGUUCAAUCAGUAAAGAAAUGUCAUCCUAUA